AUUCGUCUGCCCGUUGAGUUUAGCGUUAAAAUGUCCGUCCGUGGAGUUUGUUUUCGAGCUGUAAAGUUGUCAACCGAGUUGCCGACGUUAUGACACAGUCGAUAGUUGUGCAAGUCGGGCAGUGUGGCAACCAGGUCGGCUGCAGAUUUUGGGAUCUUGCCCUAAGAGAGCAUGCCCAUGUCAACAAAAAAGGAGAAUAUGAUGAGGCCCUGAGCAGCUUUUUCCGGAAUGUGGAUUCAAGGAAGAGCAGUGGGGGAGCCAGUGACAUCAUUGGUGGGAGAAUCCAACAUCUGAAGGCCAGGGCGGUGCUGGUGGACAUGGAGGAAGGCGUGGUCAAUGAGAUCCUGCAGGGCCCUCUGCGAGAGGUGUUCGACAGCACUCAGCUCCUCACGGACGUGUCGGGCUCGGGCAACAACUGGGCGGUUGGUCACAUGACGUACGGCUCGGCGUACAGGGAGCAGAUCGUGGAUAAGCUGAGAAGGGCAGCAGAGCACUGUGACUGCCUGCAGUGCUUCUUCCUCAUUCACUCUAUGGGGGGAGGGACGGGCUCUGGCCUGGGGACCAGAGUGCUGAGCCUGCUAGAGGAGGAGUUCCCCGAGGUGUGCCGAAUCGUCACCUCCAUCUACCCCUCCGCCGAAGAUGAUGUCAUCACAUCACCCUACAACAGCGUCCUGGCCAUGAGGGAGCUCACGGAGCACGCCGACUGUGUUCUGCCCGUGGAAAAUCAGUCACUGGUCGACAUUAUGAACAAGAUCAAGCACAUGACGCAUGGUGGAAAGUCAGGGUUGGUGGUGAAGCAAGAAAGCACCGUCAUCUCCAGCCAGGGUGGGCUCAGUGGAGCAGAAAAGCCCUUUGAUGGGAUGAAUAACAUUGUGGCCAACCUGUUGCUCAAUAUCACCAGCUCAGCUCGUUUUGAAGGUUCUCUCAAUAUGGACCUGAACGAGAUCGCCAUGAACUUGGUCCCCUUUCCUCGGCUGCACUACCUGGUACCCAGUCUGACCCCUCUCUACACGCUGGCCGACGUCAACAUCCCCACCAGAAGACUCGAUCAAAUGUUCAGUGACGCCUUCAGCAAGGACCACCAGCUGAUCCGGGCUGACCCCAAGCGCAGCCUGUACCUGGCUUGUGCCCUCAUGGUCCGCGGCAAUGUGCAGGUGUCCGACCUCCGCAGGAACAUCGAGAGGCUGAGGCCCUCGCUGCCCUUUGUCUCGUGGAACCAGGAGGGCUGGAAGACGGGCCUGUGUUCCGUCCCCGCCGUGGGACAUUCCCACUCGCUGCUCGCCUUAGCCAACAACACUUGUGUGAAGCCCACGUUCAUGGAGCUCAGAGAGCGCUUCACCAAGCUCUACAGGAAGAAGGCUCACCUGCAUCACUACCUCCACGUGGACGGCAUGGAGCAGAGCUUCUUCUUGGAGGCCGUGGCCUCCCUCGGCUCGCUGAUCGAGGAGUACAGUCGGCUGGACGCCACCAAGGCCAGGCUCAUGCUGGACGCUCCGCGGCUCAGCAUCGCCACAUGAAGGUCCACCGUGUCUCUAAGCCCUAAGCAGUCUUCGACCGUGCCCGGGUCUGUCCAGGUGUACGUGCACCGCUAGUGAUGUGCAAUAUUCUUUUUUCAAAAAGAAAAGGACUCCUCAUACAACCAAAUGUUUUGUAGAUAUUUUUAUGGGUUAUCUUUGGAGAUUUUCAGUUCUAGAUCAUGUCUAGAUAAAGUCUCGAAUAUGUAUUGAUUUAGAUGUUUCCAUUUUGAUGUUUGUUUCCAUGGUUUACAAAUAAAUAAAAAGGAGCUACAUGUAAAAAAAAAAAAAGGAAUGUAAAUGAUGGUAGCGUAAUGAACAAAAGCUCUGAAAACACAAAGUUUAGCUAAUUCUAUAGAUGAUAUGUUUCAUAUUCAUAAUCCCUACUGCCGUUUCUGGGCUCCCUGACGUCCAUAGCAUUACUGAGGUACUCUUAGUAAGUCAAUAGCUGCUGGUAGAAAUACUACAUCAGUCACAGUCUGUGUUGUUAUUGCACACGUAUGCCCUUAGGACAGGGUUCAUGAAACCGUUUCGUCAUCGUCGUCGUUUUUUUUUUAAUUACUAACGUAAAAAUGUUCCCCAUUGACUGAAUCAUCCCAGUCCGUUCUUUGCAAAAUGAGAUUCUGUUUCUGAGUUUCGGUAGUUCGACCCGUUUCUAGUUGGCCAGAGUCAUGUCACCGCUGCGUAGGAGA